AUGGCUUCAGACGCCGCAUCCCAUAUCACCGUUCACGAACCGAUUGUCCAAUGUGUCCAGGUCAAGCCGUUGCCCCCGCAGCAGAACCAGGAGCGCUACAGGGCCGUCUUUAGCGACAUUGCGAACUACAUCCAGACCAUGCUUGCCACCCAAUCCUCAUUGUUUUGGACUUCGAGGUUCUCAAGGAACUCGGCGAGAUGGAGAAGAUUGGGGAUCCCAAGCCCCCUCGAAACCAAGGCCGAGGAGGAGGCAAAGGCCCAGCCGACCACCAUUUCUACGAACGGGUUUUAUGGCUCCCGCAUUUCAGGCGCGCAAGCACAGCCGACGGCUCGAGAACAGCCUAUGCGAGGCCCGUCCGCAUCGGCCCACGCAACCAUCUACCCAAUCGAGGCCAUUUCCCCAUACUCAAAUAAAUGGACGAUCAAAGCUCGUUGCACAAGCAAAUCAAAUAUCAAAACAUGGCACAACAAGAACGGCGAGGGUAAACUGUUCAGUGUUAAUCUCCUGGAUGACAGUGGUGAAAUACGCGCGACUGGUUUCAAUGACCAGUGUGAUAUGCUUUUCGAUCUUUUCCAGGAAGGCAGCGUUUAUUACAUUUCCAGCCCCUGCCGUGUGCAGAUUGCCAAGAAGCAGUUCACCAAUCUCAACAACGACUAUGAACUCACCUUCGAGAGAGACACCAUUGUUGAGAAAGCAGAGGAGCAGAACGAUGUUCCGCAGAUCCGAUUUAACUUCACCACAAUCGGCGAUCUUCAAUCCGUUGAAAAGGAUACGACUACAGAUGUCAUCGGAGUCUUGAAGGAUGUUGCGGAGACCACCCAGAUCACGUCUAAGUCGACCAAAAAACCAUAUGACAAGCGCGAGCUGACCCUGGUGGACAACACGGGCUUCUCUGUUCGUUUGACGAUAUGGGGUGCAACGGCAAACAAUUUCAGCGCGCCACCUGAGUCUGUCGUUGCCUUCAAAGGCGUCAAGGUCUCUGAUUUUGGAGGAAGGAGCCUCAGCCUGCUGAGUUCGGGGUCCAUGACUGUGGACCCGGACAUUGAGGAAGCCCACCGACUCAAAGGAUGGUAUGAUGCCCAGGGCCGAGCAGAGAACUUCACUUCCCAUGCGUCCGUAUCCAAUGCCUCGAACUCUUCGGCCCGGCCUGAUCAUUUCAAGACAAUUGCACAAGUCCGUGAGGAACAGCUGGGCAUGUCUGACCAAGUGGAUUACUUCUCACUGAAAGCCACCGUGAUCUACAUCAAGCAGGAUAGUACUUGGUGCUACCCCGCUUGCCUUUCCGAAGGCUGCAACAAGAAGGUGACCGAGACCGAUCCCGGUCAGUGGCGUUGUGAGAUGUGUGACAAGGUGCACCCUCGACCCGAAUAUCGCUACAUCAUGCCCAUCAGCGUGAGCGACCACACAGGCCAGCUGUUUCUCAGCUGCUUUGAUGAAGUGGGGAGGAUGAUCAUGGGCACUUCGGCCGAUCACCUGAUGGAACUCCGCCAGGAGGAAAGUCCAGCUUUCGGGGAAUUCUUCAAAGAAGCCUACUGUCGCACGUGGAAUUUCCGAUGCCGAGCCAAGAUUGACACCUUUGGCGAACAGCAACGCCAAAGCUAUCAACUACUCGGAAGAGGCCUCCCGCCUGGCCGACAUGAUCAGUUCCUACGGUCUGGAAUCAUGGCUAAGCGAUCCCAUCACGCCGAGUCCACGGACUCGCGACCCAUGAAGAAGUCGAAGUCGGAGAAGCAUUCGAAAUCUUCUAAGAAAGACGCGCCGGAAGGAAAUGUGGUUCCUGUAUCUUACGGAGAAGCGCCGGCGCUCAGUGCGAUUGCACAGUCCGAGAUUGACCAAUUCCAUGCGGACCACACAAUCAAAGUGACCGAUCCAUUGCCCGAAGCCCCAACCCUUCGCCCAAUCACUUCGUUCGAAUACCUGCCCGCCUGCGAUGGCGAUCUAUACGGCCCAUUGAAGUCGUUCAAGUCGCCAACGCCCAUUCAGUCUACCACCUGGCCCCUGCUCUUUGCCGGUCGGGAUGUGAUCGGUAUCGCCGAGACUGGCAGUGGCAAGACCCUGGCCUUCGGUUUGCCGUGUCUCAAAAAAAUCUCGGACUCGAAACGAAGCAAAAAACCCUGCCAGCCGACCGCGGUGAUCAUAUCCCCCACUCGUGAGCUUGCCAUGCAAAUUUAUGACCAGCUUGUCAAGUUUGCUGAGUCCGCCCAGGCUGGCGUGGCGUGUAUAUACGGCGGCGUGAGGAAGGAUGAACAGCGCGAAGCUCUCAAAUCAGCGGCUAUCGUAGUCGCCACUCCUGGACGUUUAAAGGACCUCCAAAGUGAUGGCUCUCUUAGUCUUGAGAAGGUCAAAUACCUUGUCCUGGACGAGGCAGAUCGCAUGCUUGACAAAGGGUUCGAACAGGACAUCAAGGAUAUCAUCCAGCCCAUGCCUGUCUCGAGGAGACAGACGGUCAUGUUUACAGCCACUUGGCCUCGGUCAGUUCGGGACCUCGCCGCAGGUUUCAUGUCCUCGCCGGUGACCGUUACCAUCGGCGGAGAUCCUUCCGCGGACCCCCGCGCGAAUACGAGGAUCAAGCAGGAGGUUGAAGUCGUCAAUCAAUAUGAUAAGGAGACUCGGCUGAUCCAAAUCCUGAAUCGGUCCCAGAGAGGUAACAGCUCUCCUGAAAAGGUGCUGGUUUUCUGUCUGUACAAGAAAGAGGCCAUGAGAGUGGAGCGGCUCGUCAAAGCCAAGGGGUUUAAGGUCGCAGGCAUUCACGGGGAUCUGAGCCAGGGAGAGCGAUUUCGAAAUCUGGAUGCAUUUAAAUCUGGGGCUGCUACCGUGCUCGUAGCAACCGAUGUAGCGGCGCGCGGUCUUGACAUUCCCGCCGUGAAGUUGGUGGUCAAUGUGACUUUCCCUCUCACGGUCGAGGACUAUGUGCACCGAAUUGGAAGUUUGAUCAAUGUCCUCAAGGCCGCCAAGCAAGAGGUGCCCGAAGCUUUGCUCAAGUUCGGGACCACUGUUAAGAAGAAGCAACAUGAUGCCUACGGUGCAUUCUUCAAGGACGUUGACACGGACAAAACAGCCACGAAGAUUGUUUUUGAGGAUUGA